AAACAGCCGAAGAAGAACAAGCAAGCAAGUAAGCGGCGACCGGAGGCAGCUCGCCAGCCAGGCCGAGAGGGACCGUCGCGUUUGGAUGUUACGACCCCCCCCCCCGAACAGGCCAGCAGCUUCCCAACCGUUUGACAUGACAAGGAAGUCCUGAAAUGGACACAGAGAUGAUUCCCAAGUUUUCCACAAAGGAUGAAGAAGUCGACUACUGGAAGUCCCAAGCCCUGAAGUACAAGAAAAGCUGCCACGAUGCCCAGGAGGAGCUGCAGGAGUUUCAGGAGGGCAGCCAAGAGCUGGAGGCCGAGCUGGAGGCGCAGCUCAGCCAGGCCGAACAGCGCCUGCGCGACCUGCAGAGCGAGAACGAGCGACUGAAGAACGAGGUGGACAACCUCAAGGAGAAGCUGGAGAAGCAGUACGCUCAGAGCUACGAGCAGAUCUGCGUCCUCGAGGACGACCUGGGCCGGACGCGGAGCACCAAGGAGCAGCUCCACAAAUCGGUGCGCAAGCUCGAGCAGGCCAACGACGACCUGGAGCGGGCCAAGAGGGCGACCAUCGUGUCCCUGGAGGACUUUGAGGGGCGCCUGAACCAGGCCAUCGAGAGAAACGCCUUCCUGGAGAGCGAGCUGGACGAGAAGGAGUCCCUGCUGGUGUCCGUCCAGCGACUCAAAGACGAAGCACGAGACCUCCGACAGGAACUGGCGGUGCGGGAGAGGACGACGGACAGGAUGUCGGCGCCCGGCUCGCCCACCUCGGACGCGGACGACGCCGACUCGGCCGUGCCGGCGUCUCUGUCGCUGCCCGCGACCCCCGUGGGGCAGAACGCGACGGAACGUCCCUUUGUCACCCCCAAAGCGUCGACCAACGGCUGCGGCAGGUCGGCCCUCACGCCUUCGGACAGAAUCUCGGCUCUCAACAUCGUCGGCGACCUGCUCAGGAAAGUCGGGGCUUUGGAGUCCAAACUGGCCGCCUGCAGGAACUUCGCCAAAGACCAGGCGGCGAGAAAAACCUUCCCCGCGGACAGCGGCUCCCUCGUCAACGGCAACGCCACCAAGUUCUCGCACGCCCUGCACACCACCUACUUCGACAAAAGCAGCGGCGCGAACGGACUGGACCCCGGCGCUCUGACCUCCAGGACCGUGUCCCCGCCGGGCCUGCUGCCGCUCAGCGUGUGACGACGAGGACAAUCGGCGGAAGGAUCCGGGACGCUAACGUCUGGGUGUGCGUUUGCACAAGAGACUUGCUGACUACAGGUCCUCUCUUUCAAUUUUGGGGUGGGGGGGGGGGGGGG